AUGUCAAGCCAAUCCUCCUCAAGCAACUCCGCAGCCAGCCAUCCUCGACAUUCUCUUCAUCCUUCUUCUCACCAACACUAUCACCACCCGCAACCGCAUCACCCACUCUAUCUCGACAACCGCUACCCUCAUCCUUCUCACGGUCACGGUCACGACCGGAGGACGACUCCGCUGGCGCAACACCCCAGCCCCUCCUCCCCGGAGAACUUCUCGCCCGCGUCGUCGUCUUCGUUAGUGUCGUCGAGCCACCAGCAGGCCACGAGUAACCCCGGCUAUCGAGGGAGCAACACGCCAGACCCAAUGGACCAGCACGGCUACUCCUAUGGUUACCACGGCGCGUCGUCGUCGUCUUCCUCCCUACCGCCUCCACCGCCACAGCUUUCGGUCCAUUCCUCGUCCUCGUCCUCCACCGCCAAUGCUGCGGGGUCUAGCCCGAAACCCUUCACGAACAAUGCUGGUGGAAAUCCUCAGAUACCGGUAAAGUAUACGCCGGUUACUCAUCGCGUCAGCAAGGCGUUAAAGGGUCUUCCUGUUCACAUAUGCAAUGAUUGCGUUCCACCAAGGACGUUUUCCAGGAACGAACACCUCAAGCGUCACCAGCUGAGUCACAAGACCCCGAGCCACGAGUGCAAGAUACCCGGCUGUGGCAAGAAAUUCCAUCGCAAGGAUCUCUUGGAUCGCCAUGAGCAGAAGCAUGAGCAGGACAGGCAGAUGAGCAUGAGGCGUGGAAGCCUGUUCUCUGCUGGCCGCCGUCCCCCGCAUUCCACUUCUGAUUCUGGCGCCGGGAUAAUAUCUGCACCGAGGCACUCGCCGUUCCCUCCUAUGCCUGACUGUGUUUCUCGGAGAUUCGAAAACCCAAGUCCUGGCCUGUAUGAUAGCUCGUCGGCUCCGAUUGGAACCUCCCGUCGCAACUGCACCGCCUUCAGAACCAGCACGACCACCCCUCCUGGCAGCAUCGAACCAUCUACUCCUAUUUCUCCCACCGGCAGCAGUAGCCGUGCUGAUUUUUACGGCCGACCGCUGUCCCAGGGACACGGGCAAUGCUUUGGUACUAAUAACUAUGUUUUUUCGGCCCCUUUGUCUCACCAGUCGCCUGUCGUCCAACACCAACAAAUCCUUAGCCCACAAGAGAACCUGAUGAAUCUUGGCGGCUAUUACAGCAACCAAGCACCUCGGCGACCCAGCCUGCAGCUUAGUUUCCUAACGCCCUCGGACAAUCAUAAUAACCAUACCAACUUCGUCGCGGCUCACGAUGGGUCCGGAAUCCCAUCAUCGGCCUCUAGCAGCUACUCGACAGGAUCAGACCUUACUCGCAGCAACCGCUCAACUGCUCGGUCAUCAAGCGUUGACUGGGUCGACGAGUCAGGGUUUUUGUCUCCCUCCCCGAUGCCGGCGAACCACGGCGGUAACGGUCCAGUUGAGUUGCUCAGCCCUAUCAGUUUGGACACGCCGGUACCUACCACUUCUAUUUCGUCCACAUCGGCGGCGGUUUCUAUUGACACUCUGGAAUACCAGUCCCCGCUCUCUUAUACAUCCCCCCGAGGAAUCCCGAGGGCUUCUGGAAGCACCGUGUACAACUCGCUCGAAAACAUGCCUUUGAGCAGUGCGUAUACGGAAAAUCCGGCCCUUGCCAACCGGCGCCAGCAGCAUGGAGAGCAGCAGCAGCAGCAGCAGCAGCAGCGGGAGCACAUGGAUUCCCUGGUUUGUCAACCCCCGCCCAGAAGCCACCCUCGCUCAUUCUCGCUGUUCUCCAACUGA